AUGUUUCGCAUUUGGGUCGUCAGUUUCUUCAUUGGGACAGACACAAUAUCGACACAGGUGCUUCACAUUGUUCCCCCGGCUCCUGUACUUUCCACAAAGCAGUUCUGCCUCAUCGGUGUCAGCCCUCACCAUUGCAGUCCAGAACACCAGCGUCUUGUUUCGGUAGAGCUUUCCUCGGUAAGGAAGGUCCCAUACCAUCCCAUUCGUCUCCAAGGGGAUGUAGUUGCUCAAGAUGGUUUCAAUUUGGGCAUGGAAGUCUUGCGCUUUUGUAACUUUAUUGGAGGUUUCUCCUUCCCUACCCACAAACAUACCUUCCAAAUCCUCAAGUGCUUGGUCAUGACGAGAAUCCGCAAACAUCUUCUUUCCUCUGGAUUUACCUUCCGAAUAGUUAACCACAAAGCCAACAAUCGCCCAGGCUUGAUCCUUCUUCCGAUAGUCAAGGGUGAAACAGGAUAA